UAGGGCCUCAGCUGGUUUGCAAUGGCGCGGAUUCCAUCGCGAUUGAGACUUUCUAGGGGAGUGGCUACACUUGUAUGUGUGGCUUGUUCCCUCCCUUUCAGUGCACAGCCGAAGAGCUUUGCAACGGGUCCGAUCCAGUUUUCAUCAUCACAGCCCGUCCAAACCCGCACAGCACGGAUGUUCUUUGGUGGCGAGUCGGAGCUAAGUCGACUGAAACGUGAAAAUGCGGAGUUGAAGAAGAAGCUGGGGGAGGAAGAUGAACCGAAGGGGAGCAACUUCAUCGAAAAGAUUGGCAAUAGCAUCAAGUCAUUGUUUGGCGGGGACAAAAAAGAUCCUGCUCCUUUGGCUGAAGCAUCAUCUUUUCCAGGAGCCCUUGGAAUCUUAGGAUCAUUCCUGCGUCCGGCAGUCGGAAUGAUGGGUAGUCUGUUAAAGGAUAGCCAGGAUGACAUUCAAAGCGUGCUCUCAGAAGCAGAGAAGAUUUUGACUCGAAGUGGGCGCCUGGGCUCCCGUGUGGAAUGUGGCCCUAUCUUCAGCCAGUCCUACUCUUCCAUGAACAUCAAUGGACAGCAGAGCACGCAGGUGCAACUUCAGUUUGAAGUUAAGGGUGACCAACGAUCUGGCACUGCAUCAUGCUCGGCAUCCAUUGGCCCAGAUGGUGUGAGCUUUCUAAAUCUUUCAGUUGAUGGGCAACCCAUUGAUACCAAUGGGCCAAGUGCUGGAGGUAGCAAUGUAAUUGACGUUGAAAGAUAGAUGUUCUUGUGGUGUGAUACUUGAAUGUUCAAAGAUGUGCAAAAGUAUUUUUUAAAUUUUGCGGUUUGUCACCGUCAAAUUUGGACCUGGUCCUAUGUGAUCUGGCUUUGCGAUAUACGACAGAUUCAGCCGUACAGCUGUCCUACAGUCCUGGCCUGGCCCGCCCCCAUCGAUUUCAAAAUCGUUCAAUUGCC